GCAUGUCACAUCUUUUCAUUUCCACUUCCUGUCAUUCAGCAAGGACACCGGUUAAAAUUUUUAUAAAAAUGUUUUCAAGGCUAGCAAAACCGAGUACUGUCACAUUUAUUGUUAGCAGGUCAUUCUGCAAAACUUCACAGGCUUGGCAGUCUCCUAAAGUUGCUGUACUUGGAGCCGGUGGUGGUAUUGGUCAACCUUUAUCUUUGCUUCUAAAAAAUUCAGCAAAAAUAGCAAGUCUGUCAUUAUAUGAUAUUGCUCAUACACCAGGUGUCGCUGCUGAUUUAAGUCAUAUUGAUACACGAGCCCAUGUCACUGGUCAUCUUGGUCCAGCAUCAUUGGAAGCAUGUCUGACAGACGCAAAUGUUGUACUGAUACCAGCUGGUGUUCCAAGAAAACCAGGAAUGACAAGAGAUGAUCUGUUCAACACAAAUGCUGGAAUUGUCAGAGAUUUAGUGUCAGCCAUUGGAGAUUUCUGUCCAAAAGCAAUGAUCUGUAUCAUUACAAACCCGGUUAACUCCACAGUGCCAAUAGCCGCAGAGGUUCUAAAGAAGAAAGGAGUAUAUGAUCCAAGACGUCUAUUUGGUGUUACAACAUUAGAUAUAGUUAGAUCAAAUGCAUUUGUAGCAGAAGCUAAGGAAUUGGAUGUAUCUAAAUUAAAUGUUCCCGUUAUGGGUGGACAUAGUGGAGUAACAAUUAUACCUGUCAUCUCACAAGCUAACCCCAGUGUUUCGUUUCCACCAGAGGAGAGAAAGAAGAUUUCAGAGAGAAUACAGAAUGCCGGAACAGAAGUAGUAGAGGCCAAGGCUGGUGCUGGAUCAGCAACCUUAUCUAUGGCCUAUGCUGCAUCAAGAUUUACAUUUUCACUGUUAGAAGCUAUGGCUGGAGGUGAAGGUCAAGUAGAAUGUGCAUAUGUACAGUCAGAAGAAACAGAUGCUGCUUUCUUCUCAACGCCCCUGUUAUUGGGUAAAAAUGGUGUUGAAAAGAAUCUUGGAAGAGGAAAACUCAUUGACUACGAAAUGCAGCUCUUAGAUGCAGCUAUGCCUGAACUUAAGAAAAACAUUCAAGCUGGAGUUGACUUUGUAAACAAAUCAUAGUGUUCUUAUUGUCAGAUAAAUUAUAUACAAACACAAAUUUACAUUAUUAUCUGAGGGUAAAGUGAGAUUCCAAUUUAAUGCAAUCCGAAUAUUUUCUUUUGAAUUUAUAAAUAAUUUUAUUUUACAGUUUUCUUCAACAUAUGGUCCUAUUUAAGUGUUUAAUUUCUUUCUUUAGAUUUCAUUCCUUGUAUAAUCUGUUAGGCAUGGUGCUUAAGUCAUAGUAUCAAUUGUUUUCUAAGUAGAAAAAAAAAGGAAAAUCGUAUCUGAAACAAUAAAUACUGAUUUUCCAGCCAAAUCUGUAAAUGUAAAAUUUACUUAUCUUCUCUUCGUAAAAUCACUUAUGGCCAGUCAUAUAACAUUCACUUGUGAAAUUGGUGAACAUGCCUUUGAACAAUGUCUAAGUUUGUGAAUCCUAUAAUUCAAUUUUAAAUAUUUCAUAUACCGGUUCGUCUUAUUAUUCAUUAUAUGUCAAGGUAAGAACAUCUGGGAAUUUAAUUUUAUUUAUAAAAUUUACCUCCAUGACAUAAAAAACCAAUUUUUCAGGCCAUGUUGAGGUUGAAAUUAGGUUGAUUCAUCUAAACAAUCCAUUUUUCUGCUUUACAUAGUACUUGAUCAAUGUUUGUUCUCUUUUGAAAGCUUUGCUGUGAAAGUAUGCAUACAAAAUGUCUGUAUUCUCAAUAAAUAUUUUUACUUUUGACGGUAUUAAGUAUUUAGCAUUAUGUAAAACAUUACAUUAAUGAGAUAUUAUAUAGUAUAGUACUGUAUGAAGACUUUUUGUGUGCUCUAUUUUGUUAUGUUGUGAGAUAUCAUAGAACAUAGUUGUUAUACCACAAUAAAAAGAAUUAAUUUUA